GCGCUGGGGGCGGUGGCGGCCAUUUUGGAGCAGAGCGCGGGGCUGAGCGCAGCGCGGAGCGUCCCGCGGCGUCCCCGCCAUGGCAGCCCCGCUCGGUACCGGCGCCCGCGCGGAGGAGACCGGCCAGGAGAAACAGGACACACAAGAGAAGGAAACUGUCAGCCCUGAGAGAGCAGAAGAAGCGAAACUGAAGGCCAAAUACCCCAACCUUGGCCAGAAGCCUGGAGGCUCUGACUUCCUCAUGAAGAGGCUGCAGAAAGGGCAAAAAUACUUCGAUUCUGGUGAUUACAACAUGGCCAAGGCAAAGAUGAAGAACAAGCCCUUGCCAAGUGCAGGGCAGGACAAGAACCUGGUGACAGGAGAUCACAUCCCCACCCCACAGGACCUCCCACAGAGGAAAUCCUCGCUUGUGACCAGCAAGCUGGCAGGGUAACCUGCCCUCCCCAGCAAAACCUGCACUCACAGCCUGGGGGUGGGGGCUUUUUUUCCCUAUUUUCUUUUGUUUUGAGGGGUUUUUUUGGGGGGCUAAAUGGAUUGAACUUCACUGUACCAUAGGGACAGGAGCACCAGAAUCCACAUAGUUCUUUGAGUCUUUCCAGAGAACAGGCACCAAACAAAUGAGCAGUGUCAGAGCUGUGGCCUGGGAAUGCUUUUCAAAAGCAAAACCAAAAGGUGUGGUACAUGAUCUGGAACUUUAGUUUCAAGUGUGUGAGAGCUUCUGAGUGAAGAAAGGAGCUGAAGGUGUGUUGCUGAGCUGGCUGGGGAUCUGUCUGCUGCUCACACCAAGCAGCUGAGCUCACAGGGAAAGAGCAGGGAGAGGCUUGAGGCUCACAGCUGCCCCAGGGGGGCUGGGGGCAGAUUCUCCCUGGUCAGUUCUGCCUUGGCAGGGGUGAGAGGUGCCAGGUAGGCAGCUGAAGCUGGAUGCCAGCAGGGUGUGUGGGAUGCAGGGGAGUGAGGCCACACACUGGCUGAUGCCCAGACUGUAGCACUUGCAAAGGCAGAUCAGAGCUGUGGGAACUGAUCCCUGGAGGGAGAGAGGCAGGGCUGGGAGUAACCAGCCUGGAAGGGGAAAAAAGCACUGGAGACAGAGCAUGGAGAUGAGGCAGAGAUGGCACAGAGGCAAACCUGUGCCAACAUCAGGCUCCCCCAGCUUGGAUUUCUUUCUCUCCCUUUUUUUCCCCCCCUUCUGUUCCAGGCCUGAAGAAAAACAACCCAAGCCAAAGGCUGGAGAGCUCUGUGGCCUCCUGUCCCAUGCAGCAGAAGGUUUUGGCACAAUGUACCAGGGCAGCACUAAAGCUGCCCAGUUUAGGCCCAGUUUAGUGGGUAAAAGCAAAGUGGAGUGGAUGUGUCUUUUGUUUGUUAAGGGAUUCCCAUCAGGUCAGGAGAAACCAAAGCAGUGAGGCCAUGGCUGAUGCUGCACAGGUCUGGCUUUUCCUUCCAUCCCUUCUCAGGCUCUCCUGGGAACCUCCUGCACUCUUCCCUGCCAGGAGCCAGGGACUCCUGCUCCUGGGGAGAGGGUUUGCCCAAGGGGUGCUGGAAUGCUUGUGUCUGCCUUGGGGUGGUUUGGAACAAAUCAGCUGUGGCUGCACUCAUCAGGGGCUCCUUUGCUGGCCCCAUGGCCACCAGGACACCUUUCUCUUUGUGGAGUGGGCAAGGUGCAGAGUGGGGUUGGGGGUUGUAACUCCAGGAGAGGCUGUGCUGCCAUCACCAUCCCAGCCCUGUGUGACCUGGCAGUGGCUGCACAACCUCCCUGGCUGUUGUUCUGCCUGUGCCAGCCCCUGUGUGAGCUGGCUGAUGCUGGCAGUGGCUGUACAACCUCCCUGGGUGUUGUUCUGCCUGUGCCAGCCCUGUGUGAGCUGGCUGAUGCUGGCAGUGGCUGUACAACCUCCCUGGGUGUUGUUCUGCCUGUGCCAGCCCUGUGUGACCUGGCUGAUGCUGGCAGUGGCUGUACAACCUCCCUGGGUGUUGUUCUGCCUGUGCCAGCCCUGUGUGAGCUGGUUGAUGCUGGCAGUGGCUGUACAACCUCCCUGGGUGUUGUUCUGCCUGUGCCAGCCCUGUGUGACCUGGCUGAUGCUGGCAGUGGCUGUACAACCUCCCUGGGUGUUGUUCUGCCUGUGCCAGCCCUGUGUGAGCUGGCUGAUGCUGGCAGUGGCUGUACAACCUCCCUGGGUGUUGCUCUGCCUGUGCCAGCCCCUGUGUGACCUGGCUGAUGCUGGCAGUGGCUGUACAACCUCCCUGGGUGUUGUUCUGCCUGUGCCAGCCCUGUGUGAGCUGGCUGAUGCUGGCAGUGGCUGUACAACCUCCCUGGGUGUUGUUCUGCCUGUGCCAGCCCCUGUGUGAGCUGGCUGGGUGCUGGCAGUGGCUGUACAACCUCCCUGGGUGUUGUUCUGCCUGUGCCAGCCCUGUGUGAGCUGGCUGAUGCUGGCAGUGGCUGUACAACCUCCCUGGGUGUUGUUCUGCCUGUGCCAGCCCUGUGUGAGCUGGUUGAUGCUGGCAGUGGCUGUACAACCUCCCUGGGUGUUGUUCUGCCUGUGCCAGCCCUGUGUGAGCUGGCUGGGUGCUGGCAGUGGCUGUCCAACCUCCCUGGGUGUUGUUCUGCCUGUGCCAGCCACGUUGUAAAUAGACCCGAAUCCUAUAUAUAAAUAUAUAUAUAUAUAAUUUUUUACAUGUUA